ACAUCCUGGUAGGUGUGGAAUUCUUGUUCCGUUGAAUCUAAUAAAAAGUGUAUCAUAUCAUUUUUAUGCUUCUAUUCUACAAUACCUGCCUUCAAUUCCCUCAUUCAUUCUAUAUUCUCUCUUUUUGGUUACCAAUCUCAGUCUCACUCAGUUGAAAACAAGCUCAGAUAGCCUCCCAGAGUUGCGAACCACGCUCAGAAGAAUACUGCUUAAUUUAUAUCAUGGCAAUGGUUGUUUUUCCUGGGGCAUUUCUUUCGUCUGCCUUUCAAGUGAUUCGUGAGAGGUUAGCUUCAACAGACUUCAAAAAAAGGCAGAUAACAAGAUUUGAAAACACACUGGAUUUGUUAUAUGAAGUGCUGGAUGACGCAGAGAUGAAGCAGUACCGAGUCCCACGAAUAAAGAGUUGGCUAGUUUCGCUCAAACAUUAUGUAUACGAAUUAGAUCAACUAUUGGAUGUGAUUGCGACUGACGCACAACAAAUGGGCAAGAUACAACGCAUUCUUUCAGGUUUUAUUAAUCAAUGUCAAUAUAGGAUGGAAGUAUUGUUGAUGGAGAUGCACCAACUUACACUUAAAAAGGAAUUAUUAGGACUUAAAGAUAUAACUAGCGGUCGUUAUCGAGUUAGAGUCAGUCAGAAAUUGUUAAGAAAAUUUAGAACUAAAUCUUUGAUAGAUGAAUCUGUCAUGAAUGGUAGAGAGCAUGAGAAAGAGGAAUUAAUUAAAUUUUUACUUUCUGACAUUCACAGUGACAACCUUGCACCCAUAAUUAGUAUAGUGGGUCUGAUGGGGAUGGGUAAGACAACUCUCGCCCAGCUUGUUUACAAUGACGACAUGAUCACGGAGCAUUUUGAACUUAAAGCUUGGGUGAAUGUUCCAGAAUCUUUUAAUCUUGUUAGUCCCACCGGAUUAAAUCUUAGCUCAUUUCAUAUUUCAACAGACAAUAGUGAAGACUUUGAAAUACUCCAACAUCAAUUUCUGCAGUUGCUAACGGGCAAGAAAUAUUUGCUUGUUCUAGAUGGUGUGUGCAAAAUAGACGAGAAUACGUGGGAGGAGUUACAAAUUCUUUUGAAAUGUGGAUCUUCAGGAAGUAAGAUGAUUGUGACAACACAUGACAAGGAAGUAGCAUCAAUCAUGAGAUCCACCCGGCUAAUACACUUAAAGCAAUUGGAGGAGAGUGAUUCUUGGAGUUUAUUUGUGAGAUAUGCUUUUCAAGGUAGGAAUGUAUUUGAAUAUCCAAAUCUUGAAUUGAUAGGCAAGAAAAUAGUAGAAAAGUGUGGGGGGUUGCCUUUAGCACUGAAAACAUUGGGGAAUCUCUUGCUAAAAAAAUUCUCUGAAUCUGAAUGGAUUAAGGUAUUGGAGACUGAUUUGUGGCGUUUACCCGAGGGUGAAAUCUACAUUAACUUGUUACUGAGAUUGAGUUACCUUAUCCUCCCUUCCAAUCUGAAGCGUUGUUUUGCUUAUUGUUCUAUAUUUCCCAAGGGCUAUGAGCUUGAGAAGGGUGAACUAAUUAAACUUUGGAUGGCAGAAGGUUUGUUGAAGUGUCACAAAAGAGACAAAAGCGAACAAGAGUUAGGUAAUGAAUUCUUCAAUCAUUUGGUGUCAAUAUCUUUUUUCCAACAAUCAGUAAUUAUGCCAUUAUGGGCUGACAAAUACUACUUCGUCAUGCAUGAUCUUGUCAAUGAUUUAGCGAAAUCAAUGGCAGGAAAACAGCCCUUUCUACUUGAGGAAUAUCACAAACCUCGGGCGCGCCACAUUUGGUGCUGCCUUGAUUUUGAAGAUGGUGAUAGAAAACUAGAGUAUCUUCAUAGAUGUAAUGGACUACGCAGUUUGAUAGUAGACGCACAGGGCUAUGGUCCCCACCGCUUUAAGAUAAGCACCGUUGUGCAACAUAAUUUGUUUUCAAGAGUAAAACUUUUGCGGAUGUUGUCCUUCUCUGGUUGCAACCUCUUACUGCUAGAUGAUGGGAUAAGAAAUUUAAAGCUUCUGCGCUAUCUGGACCUUUCGCACACUGAGAUUGCAAGCUUACCUAAUUCCAUUUGUAUGUUGUAUAAUUUACAGACACUCUUAUUGGAAGAAUGUUUCAAAUUGCUUGAACUUCCAACAGAUUUUUGCAAGCUCAUCAGUUUACGUCAUCUUAAUCUGACAGGCACUCAUAUUAAGAAGAUGCCAACAAAGAUAGAACGGUUAAACAAUCUUGAGAUGCUGACUGAUUUUGUUGUGGGAGAGCAGCGUGGAUUUGAUAUUAAAAUGUUGGGGAAACUCAACCAACUUCAUGGAAAGCUUCAAAUUUCAGGGUUGGAAAAUGUCAAUGAUCCUGCACAUGCUGUGGCAGCAAAUUUGGAAGAUAAAGAACAUUUAGAAGAUUUAAGUAUGUCAUACAAUGAAUGGAGAGAAAUGGAUGGAUCAGUAACUGAAGCACAAGCCUCUGUCUUGGAGGCUCUUCAACCAAAUAUAAACCUCACGAGUCUAACCAUCAAAGACUACAGAGGCGGUAGCUUUCCAAACUGGCUUGGGGAUCGUCAUUUACCAAAUUUAGUAUCUCUUGAAUUGUUGGGAUGUAAAAUCCAUUCCCAGUUGCCACCGCUUGGGCAGUUUCCCUCUCUCAAGAAGUGUUCCAUUUCAAGCUGUGAUGGAAUAGAAAUUAUUGGUACAGAGUUUCUCGGCUAUAAUUCAUCAGAUGUUCCAUUUAGAUCCCUUGAAACUUUGCGAUUUGAAAACAUGGCUGAAUGGAAGGAAUGGUUAUGUCUUGAAGGUUUCCCUUUGCUUCAAAAGCUUUGUAUAAAACAUUGUCCCAAGUUGAAAAGUGCCCUUCCUCAACACCUCCCUUCUUUGCAAAAAUUGGAGAUUAUUGAUUGCCAAGAGUUGGCGGCUUCAAUUCCCAAGGCUGCUAAUAUCACUGAGCUAGAACUAAAGAGAUGUGAUGACAUUUUGAUAAAUGAAUUGCCAUCUAAAUUGAAAAGAAUCAUCCUUUGUGGAACUCAGGUCAUUCAAUCAACCCUAGAGCAAAUUUUGUUGAACUGUGCCUUUCUUGAAGAGUUGGAAGUUGAAGACUUCUUUGGUCCAAAUCUAGAAUGGUCCUCUUUGGACAUGUGCAGCUGCAAUUCUCUUCGCACUCUAACUAUAACAAGUUGGCACUCUUCUUCCUUGCCUUUUCCACUGCACUUGUUCACCAAUCUUAAUUCUCUCAUGUUGUACGACUAUCCAUGGCUGGAGUCAUUUUCUGGGAGGCAGUUGCCUUCCAACCUAUGUAGCCUCCAAAUAAAAAAAUGUCCUAAGUUGAUGGCUUCGAGAGAGGAGUGGGGUUUGUUCCAACUCAAUUCUCUGAAACAAUUCAGUGUUGGUGAUGAUUUGGAAAUCUUGGAGUCCUUUCCGGAGGAGAGUCUGCUGCCAUCAACUAUGAAAUCUCUUGAGUUAACAAAUUGUUCCAACCUAAGAAUAAUAAACUACAAGGGUCUUCUCCACAUGACCUCACUUGAAUCUCUAUGUAUUGAAGACUGCCCUUGUCUUGACAGCUUGCCAGAGGAGGGUCUACCCAGUUCCCUUUCUACUUUGUCCAUUCAUGAUUGCCCAUUAAUUAAGCAGAAGUACCAAAAGGAGGAAGGAGAGCGUUGGCAUACAAUUAGUCACAUUCCUGAUGUGACAAUUUCCUGAUAGGCGGCUGAGAUGAGAUGUUAUUGUAGCCAGUGCACGGUGUUUGUGAUAUAUGUUGCAAUGCUCUUUCUGACCGCUUACAUGUGACCUGAAACCAUGCUCUUUUGUUGCCAUCCAUUCUCAUUCGUGACCAAAUGAAUGGCAUGACCACUGCUCUUACACACAACUAGAAGUAUGUAGCUGUUUAUUCCACUUCCACAAAGCUCAUGCAUGGUCCAAUUGUAGGCUCGUCAUUUGGAUGUGUAGACACUGCGACUUGUUGUGCUUGUAAUCUUCUCUUUGUGACUUUCAUGUGAACACCAUUAAUUGUCUGUUUUUCAAUAUGUGCCAACCCAUUGACCAGAAUAACUUGCAUCUACCAAUUAUAUGGUGUUGAUAUGAUCUUUAUCUGUGAUUUUCAGUUUUACAUUUUUAUUGUUAGAAAGAGCUGAUCAAAAUUAUUAUAAAAAAUUGAAUGUCAUGGCACUUUGUUAUCAGUGAAAUUUGGUGUUUUCUAAUCAUAGUCGGACCAUGUUUUAAGCAAAUUCUUUGUUAUCAAUGAAAUUUGGUUAUUUAGUUUCUA